UGUUGUCGUUGUCGGUGCCGGUGGAGGAAGAUGGCGGCGGGGCGCUGAGGGGACGGGAUCGGGCCGCUCCGCACCGCGUCAGGACAACCGAGGCGCUCGCUGCGCUCCCGACAGGGCCGCGCCGCCCCGGUGACGGACCCCCCCAUGGCCCCGGGGCCGGCCCAGGAGCCGUGUCCCCGCUGGGCCUGCUCGGGCCGCGCCGCUCCCGGGCGCCGCCGAGGCAGCGGCCCGCUGAGCGCCGGGGCCUGGCCCGGGCCCCGCCAGGCCUGACCCGUCCUCCGCUCGGGAGGCGUCUGCGCGCAGGAGGCCGAGCCGGGCCCGGGGAAGCCACCCCUGAGGAGAGCGGGACGGGGGCAGCGCCUGCUCGGCCCGCCCGGCGCCCCGCAGCGAGCCCGAGGGCCCCUCCGGAGCGGCCGCCUCGCCCCGACUUCUCUCUGCGGAGGAGGAACGGCUCCUCCGGCCCAGGUCAGCGCCGCCAGCGCCCUUCGGCUCCCGGCCGCAGCGUCAGGAUGUCCGAGAACCAGCCGAACGCCAACAACCACCACCCGGCCAACAACAACGGGGGAGGCGGGGCUGCCGGGGGGAACAACCGGGGCGUCCGCAAUCCCAACCUCAACCAGAACCCCUUGAUUAAUGUUCGCGAUCGCCUCUUCCACGCGCUUUUCUUCAAGAUGGCAGUGACCUACGCUCGCCUCUUCCCACCCUCCUUCCGCCGCGUCUUCGAGUUCUUCGUCCUUCUUAAGGCUCUCUUUGUGCUCUUCAUCCUGGCUUACAUUCACAUUGCCUUCUCCCGCUCACCCAUUAACUGCUUGGAACACGUGCGAGAUAAAUGGCCGCGCGAUGGCAUCUUGCGGGUGGAGAUACAGCGCAACUCGAGCCGAGCCCCCAUCUUCCUGCAAUUCUGUGGCGUUGAGAAGUUCCCAGGAAUGGUAGUUGAAUCCACAGCUGAGGAAGAGGAGGAGGAAGAAGAGGAAAUGACUGUGGAUAUGUUUGAAAAUAGCUCUAUCAAGUUUGAGCUGGAUAUCGAGCCCAAGGUAUUCCUCAAGCCAUCCCGGGUGAGCAGCACCGAGGCACUGACCCACAACGAAAGCCAGGAGUUCUCAUUUAGUGAAGCAGCCACUAAAGGUAUGCAGCCUCUGAGGGAGACUGUGUCCGAGUUUGAGAUGCUAGCCAGAGCAGUGUGGCCGCAGGAAGAGUACAUUGUGGAGUACUCGUUGGAGUAUGGGUUUUUGCGCCUGUCCCAGAGCACUCGCCAGCGCCUCAGCAUCCCAGUCAUGGUGGUGACUUUGGAUCCUACCAGGGAUCAGUGCUUUGGGGACAGGUUCAGUCGCCUGUUGCUGGAUGAGUUCCUGGGUUAUGAUGACAUCCUGAUGUCAAGUGUCAAAGCUUUAGCUGAAAACGAAGAAAACAAAGGUUUCCUUCGCAAUGUGGUGUCUGGGGAGCACUAUCGCUUUGUCAGCAUGUGGAUGGCUAGGACGUCAUAUCUGGCAGCCUUUGUCAUCAUGGUCAUAUUUACUCUGUCCGUUUCAAUGCUGUUGCGCUACUCGCACCAUCAGAUCUUUGUCUUCAUUGUUGACCUGUUACAGAUGCUGGAAAUGAACAUGACAAUUGCAUUCCCUGCAGCUCCUCUCCUCACUGUCAUUCUGGCUCUAGUAGGUAUGGAGGCCAUCAUGUCAGAGUUCUUCAAUGACACCACGACUGCGUUUUACAUCAUCCUUAUUGUGUGGCUGGCAGAUCAAUAUGACGCUAUCUGUUGCCACACCAACACGAGCAAGAGGCAUUGGCUCAGGUUCUUCUAUCUGUACCACUUUGCCUUCUAUGCUUACCACUAUCGGUUCAACGGGCAGUACAGCAGCCUGGCGCUCGUCACCUCAUGGCUCUUCAUCCAGCAUUCGAUGAUCUACUUCUUCCAUCACUAUGAGCUGCCAGCCAUCCUCCAGCAAAUCAGGAUCCAGGAGAUGCUGUUGCAGAACCAGCAGGUAGGCCAGGGGACUCAGACAACGCUCCAAGACAACCUCAACAACAACACUACGGCUGCCCCAAUUGACGUGGGGAGCCGCCGACCCCACCUGCCCGCCGGAGCCUCUGGGGAGAGCAGCAGCCCGGCUGCCCUGACUCCCAGUGAGGCCUCCAGUGUCAUCGCCGCUGCCACGGCGGCUUCUGUCGGGAGUGAUCUGAACUGGGUAGCUGAGACAGCCGCCAUCGUUACAGAAGCCUCAUUUCUCUCUGACCUGAGCACUACCCUCCUGGAGCCAAAUGUGGUGCACGAAGCCAUGGCCAAUGGGAACCCUCAGGAUGCUGCCACUGCCUCUGGUUUGGUUGCCCGCAUCAGGGUCAGCAGUGACCACCCAGAGACGGCUGUGGGCUCCAUCACCAUUGAAGUCACUUCGACAUCUGUGGUGGCUGCAGCAGAUGUUUCCCCCGCCGCAGAGGCGGCACCGGCUGUGCCCCUCGUCCCACUGCAGGAGGAGGGGGCCUCCGUCCCCAGCCCUUCCCUUCCUGAGCAGACUGAGUCUGUCGAGGGCUCGGACAGCCAAGCAAAAUCUGGUGGCAAGAACUGCCUUGCGAACAGCAGCGCGGCAGAUACCUCUCCAGCCUUUGUGGAGGAUGCUGAUCCGGACAGACGUUUGGGUCGUGCUCUUGGGGACCGGGGGGAGCACGGCCCUUGCCCAGCACCAGCGGAUAGUACGCCUAGCUCCAAACCUUGCUGGGGGCCAGACUUGAGGAGCCUGUCUUGAGUCCCUAUUACUAUAAUUCUGGACUGCCAGGAAGGCACUUGGAUUUCGUUUGUUACUAUUUCUCACUUCACCGUCAUCCUUAACCCAUGAAUUCCUCUUAGCAGAGGCAGAGCAGCUGGGACAGAGAAAAGGGGCUGCGGUGAACUCCCCUGGGAAAAGCGUGGGUGGGCUUGUGUACGAGAGGGGCUGAUGCGCGUGGGACUGUCGGGAGGGAGGAGGAGACGUUCACUCUGGUGGGCUGUGAGGCUCAGGGGUUGCUCGAGCCCUGCGGUCAGCUCUGGCUGCAGCUUUUCCUUGCCCCUGUCUGCCCCAGCUUUGCUCCCUGCAGUCCCCUCUGCAGUCCAGGUGCUGUUGCUGACAAGUGUGAGCUGAUUUGGGACAGACCAUGUGUGUGUGUGUGCGUGUGGCAACUUUCUGGUUAGAAUAGCAGCUGCGUAUGAACAGGGAGGGCGUUUUCAGACAUCCUUGGGAGAGCCACAGAAGACAGAGGAGAAACCUGGUAAACUUCUUCUCCUUAAGGGAAGAGGAGCUUAAGACCUUCCCCAAACACUAGAUCUGCUCACGCCAGGGCAAACCUGGGCAAUAACCAAAGCAGAAGCUGCAGUUCAGCCCCAUUUUUUUCUGUCCUUGAACUUCCCUUCGUCAGUGGGUUUGGGGGCAGAAGCUGCCGUGGCCCAGUUAGAGCUUCCAUCCCAGGAGAGAUGCGUUUGGCUGGGCUCAGAAGCAGCAGGGUCGGUUCCUGUGCUGGUCGGCCCUGAGGAAACACGUGCUGUCCUCUCUGCUGGUGGUGACCUCUGCGAGGGGAUUUGACCUCUCCCGGGUGUUUGUGGCCAGUGUACAGUGGCACAGGCAAGUAGUCUCAAGUCAUAUCUGCUGGGAACUGAUCUGUAGUGUCAUGGAGAAGUCUGGGGUGAGGAGGGUGGCAGCUCUGUCUCUGUACAACUCUGCUUUUGGCACCUGCCACUGUGGGUGAUGUAGUUUGCUUUUUAGUGCCUUGUCCCUUAAAUGGGACACGUUUGCAUUUAAGAUCAGCCCCAUCCCAGAGGAAAGAUCGGCUUUUCGCUGGCUGAACUGUUGCAUGACGUGGUUUAGCAAAGAACCAAAACACUAAAGCCAAGACAUUUCAGCUAAUUUCCCCCAUUUCCCUGGCAGCGGAGGUGACGCUAGCUGUGCCGUUGGCUAACCCAGUACCACGGGGCUGAGCUGGGGGGGCUGGGACGGGGACCAGCCGCCCCCCCAGGGCUGGACCCAUGUGGGGAUGUGGCUGGAAGGAGCAGGGGGAUUAUGCCUGUAGGUAGAACAAGGGGACGCAGGAGGGUCAGGGCUGUAGGGCUGAGGAGCUCGGUGGGAAGGGAGGUGUCGCGUGGGUCACUGCUCUCUGGGGGAGCUGGGUCCCUGCAAAGCGUCCCUGCAAAGCAUCCCUGAGCUCAGCCCCCGCUGAGCAGCAUCUAUGGGCUCCGUCGCCCUUGGAGGGCUUGUCUGCAUUGCGGUGUCUCCCACCGGGGAAGGGUUUCCAUGUUAGCACUGCGGGGGCUCUGAGCCCCCCACUCUACUCUCUCUGCAUUUCCCACCAGGUGCCCCCCCCCCUUUUUUUUUUUUCUUCUUUUGUCUUGAGGAGCCCCGGGUGUUGCUCUGGGGAACGGGGCAGCCUGCUCAUGACCAGCAUGCCAGAUCCUGCAGCAGCCUCCCGGGAAAGGGGCCUUGUCGGCUGCUGGCUCCCUGCCUCUGGCGUGAGUGUGCCAGAAGGGAGCGAGGGAUAACCAUAGGCUUCAAAGAGG